AUGAGGACGCUCGAUGAAGCCCAGACACGAUGGGCCGAGACAGUGAAGCAUGCAGGGCAUCUGUCAGACUUGCAAAAUGCAGUCAAAUAUAACGGGCCUUCGAGCCCAUGCAUUUCGGGACAUCGGUCAAUUUGUUGGAAGGCAUUCCUGUUGAUGCAAGACGACCCAACAUCUGACUGGCUGCAUCGACUUUCUGAAUCGCGAAGUUUCUAUUCCGAAAGGCGAGAUCACUUCUUGAAGUUCAUCAAGCAUCCUGAGGAGCUGGCCAAGGUAGCUAUUGAUCCAUUGACGGACGAUCCAAAGUCACCAUGGAACACUGUUCGACAGGACGAGAUAAUCAGGGCUGAGAUCGCGCAAGAUGUUCGCCGAUUGCCUGAUGAACCAUUCUACCAAGAGGAGCAAACACAGACCAUGAUUAUCGACGCCUUGUUUGUGUACUGUAAGCUUCACCCUAAUAGCGGUGGUUAUCGACAGGGUAUGCAUGAGCUUCUGGCGCCCAUCGCCUUCGUCGUCAACAAGGACGCGCUUGAUGGUGUGGCCACCUCAUCCAAUGGCACAAGUGUCGAUGAGACGAUGCUCGGCAUGCUCGACUCUUCCUUCAUUGAACACGACGCGUUUGCGUUAUUCUCCAAGAUUAUGGAGAAGGCAAGGUCGUUUUAUGAAGUCCAAGACUCGAUCUCAAAGGCGGCAUUGGCGUCCGCCUCGAAAGAGCGCGUGGAAACAUCAGCCAUCGUCGAGAAGAGCAAACACAUCCAUGAGGUUCUAUUGGCCAAGGUUGAUCCUGAGCUGGCCAGCCAUCUUAAAGACAUUGAUAUUCUGCCACAGAUCUUCCUGAUCCGCUGGAUUCGCCUUCUCUUUGGUCGCGAGUUCCCAUUUGAUGAAAUGCUCGUGCUAUGGGAUACUCUAUUUGCAGUCGAUCCGUCCCUCAGCUUGAUAGAUCUGAUUUGUGUCGCAAUGCUUCUUCGCAUCCGCUGGAGCUUACUCGAGGCGGACUACUCCGUUUGUUUGCAAUUGCUUCUCAAGUAUCCUGCACCAGACGUUCCUCACGGACCGCAUACUUUUGUGGAUGAUGCGGUGUAUCUAAGAACACACCUCAAUGUCUCCGGUGGCGUUUCGCUCCUUCUAAAGUACACCGGGAAAAUGCCCAGCACGACACAAUCUGCCAGCAGUUCGCGGCCCACGACACCAAUGGGCCAAGCUUUCUCAUCUUUCAGAAAUAGAACCAAAGGUGGCCAGUCGCCGAUCCCGUCUGCGAGUAGGUUUAUCCAACAGCAGGGCGGUGUAGAGGCACUUUUCCAAGGCGCUGCUAAAAGCGUAUUGGAGCGAGGCGAGAAGCUGGGCAUUAAUCAAGCUGUACGAGACGCCAUGGGCGACAUCAAAAGAAACAUGCAAGGGCUGAACGAAGUACGCUAUCCCCCUCGGAUGGCAAAGCACCUACUAGGCGAUGACUCGGCGGCACAGGCCAUCGCUGCCAUAGAGCAACGUAAUAAAUUGCUGGCCAACAUGCUAGACGAGACAGUGACAAGUCUCAGGUCAUUGGCCACUACUAAUCUAGAAGACAAGGUCAAGACGUUGGAGCUUGUUGAGGUAGCGGCUGCUAAGGUGCAGUUUGUAAAGGUUUACUUGGAAGACCCGACUAUCGAAGUACCAAAUCUCGAGGGCUUCACCAGUCCACCGCCGGAGGAGGCAAACAACGAGACCCUGAUGGAGAUAGACGCAAACGAUAGUGCUGUGCUAGGGGCGGCGGUCGCCGCGGAGAGUGUGGCAGGUGUCAUUUCGACACUGUCUCUGGAAGAUCAAGAGAAGACGAGAUCCCCGACCUCGAAAUCAGCAAUUCCCGAUAUCAUGGACAUUGCACAAGAAGAACCCGCAGACAAACCAGCUGAACAUCCGUCAGCUCUGGUAUCAAGCCCGAAAGCUGACGCGCCUCGGGUGAAGCCAUUGGAACGACCUCAACCGCCAAUCCCGACACGAUCAACCCUCGCCCAGUCUUCUUUCUCUUGGAUGCUCGAGCCAGACCAAUCCGCCCAGACUGCAUCACCGCCCAAGUUGCCCAAGUCGAGCUCAGGAGGCGCGCAUCGCAAGAAGCCAUCUGGGAACAUCAGCAGGGAACGUAACGCUUUUCUGUUUGGCGAGGUCGUCGCGGACUCCGACGACCAGACUUUGCCAAUCAAGUCGGACGACAUUUUCGGACUACAGCCCAUGGACAAGCCAAAGUCUCCCUUUCCGUGA